AUGGUGUUGGUCGAAAGUGAAAGAGAAAGCAUUGGAGAGUGGUGGAGUCUCUGUAAACAAAGUGGAGAUGCUCACUCAUUUUCCAGAAAUGUUGAGUUUGGUAUAUUAAACUUAGCUUAUGGUGGUGACGAUGAAGCUUUCCUACAGAAAGUAGUGACUCCUAUACACAAGACAAUAGCAAAGGAAGCAAAGAGAAGUAGAGAAGGAAAGUCGAAGCAUUCUGUGUGGAGAAACUAUGAUGACUUGAAUGAAUAUUUUUGGUAA